AUGACCUCGUCGGCGCCGGCGGCGCCCAGCAGCUUGCGGAGCAGCGCGGCGCCGUCGCGCUCGCAGAACACGCUGAGCACGUCGAUGAGGCGCGGCAGGUUGUGGAACACGUACUCGCGCAGCGUAGCUCAGGGCGCUCUGGAGCCGGUCCUCGGUGAGGCCGGCCUGCAGGCCCAGGCGCGCCGAGUCCCACCAGCUGAGCCAGAGGCGGCGCGCGGGCGGGCGCAGGUGCAGCUCCUCCAGCACCUGCCAGGAGCGCGGCAGCACGCGGUGCAGGUUGGGGAAGAUGUCGCGGUGCUCGGCCACGGAGAGCAGCUUGUCGCGCAGGCGCCGCGCCUGGCCGCGCUCGCGGCAGCCGAAGGGCAGCACGGGCGACAGGAUCUGCGGGCGGUUGUUGAGCAGGUACUGGCACUGCGCCUUCUUGCGGCGCAGGUUCUUGUCGGACACGCCGUAGAAGGCGGCGUGCGGGCUGGAGCCGCGCACCUCCAGGUCCUGCGCCAGCGCCUCGUCCACCUGCCGCACGAGGCCGCGCAGGCGCUCGCCGUCGCGCUUCUCCUGCGCCGCGAUCUGCCGGUGGAUGUCGAGGCACUUCUCCUCCAGCUCCCGCUCGGCGCACAGGUCGGCGUGCGUGCCCACCAUGCACACCACGGCGUGCGGCACCUUGGCGCCCAGCCAGUGCAGGAAGUAGCCCACGGCGCCGUAGAAGCGCUGCGGCGCGUAGGCGCUCAGGUCCACGGCGAGCACGUAGAGGGCGCCGGGCGAGAGGAAGAAGGACUGCACGGCGUCGUAGCCCGGGUCGCCCGCCAGCUCGUACACGAUGAAGGCCAGGCCGCGGCGCGCGUCCGCCGCCCAGUCGGUGACCUCGACGCCGCGCCGCGCCGCCGCGCCGCCCGCCGCCUCGUCGCCCAUGAGGCGCCGCCGCAGCAGGCUCUUGCCGGCGCCCGCGGGGCCCAGCAGCACCAGCUUGAGGCGCGGCUUGAGCGCCGGCCGCGACUGCGCCAGCUCCUGCUGGUAGGCCGCGAUGUAGGGGAUGCCCUUCAUGCACACCUCGUAGGGCGGCUGGAUCAGCGGGUUGUCCUUGAUCUUCCAGAGGGUGACGCGCGCCAGCUGCCCGAAGCCCUCGGGCAGCACGGCGAUGAGGUUGCCCUGCAGCACCAGCUCCUCCAGGCUGCGCAGCCGCACCACGGAGUCGGGCAGGUAGCGGAUGCGGUUGUUGUCGAGCCAGAGCGCGCGCAGCUGGCGCAGCUGCCCGAGGCCGGCGGGCAGCAGCGUGAGCUGGUUGCGGCUCAGGUAGAGCUCCUCGAGGCCGCCCAGCGCCAGCACGGCCUCGGGGAACUCGGCCAGCGCGUUGGACGAGAGGUUGAGCGUCUUGAGGCGCUGCAGGCGGCCGAAGCCGGCGGGCAGGGCGCGCAGGCUGUUGCCGUCCAGCAUGAGGCUCUCGAGGGCGCCCAGCUGGCAGAGCCCCUCGGGCAGCGCCGCGAGUCGAGCUCCUCCAGGGCGGAGAGCUCCAGCAGCGGCGCCGGGAAGGCGGGCAGCAGGUUGUGGUCCACGUCGAGCGCCCGCAGGCGCUGCAGGCGGCCCAGGCCCUCGGGCAGCCGGCGCAGGCGGUUGAAGCUGAGGUCGAGCUCCUCGAGGCGGCCCAGCCCGGCCAAGCGCGGCAGCGGCGACGAGCUGGACGGCGACGCGGGCGGCGACGAUGAUGGCGUCGGCGUCGACGGCGGGGCUGACGACGUCGACAAACACGUUGACGGAGAGGUCGGCGACGUCGMUGUCGACGUUGACCACGUUGACGAAGACGUUGACGGCGUUGGCGAAGACGUGGAUGGAGACGUCGACAACGUYGACGAGGGCGUCGAUGAAGCGGCCGACGAAGUCGUCGGCGAGGUCGGCCACGCGGGCGGCGCGGGCAGGAGGCCCAGCUCGUUGUGGCUGAGGCUGAGCUUGCGGAGGCCSGCGAGGGCGGCGAGCGCGGCGCCGUCGGCGUCGCCCAGGCCGCGCAGGCGCCCCGCGGGCGAGGGCGGCGAGGCGCUGCGCGAGCUGCUCGAGGCCUGCCGCAACGGCGACGUGUCGCGCGUCAAGCGCCUCGUGGACGCCGCCAACGUCAACGCCAAGGACAUGGCCGGGCGCAAGUCCACGCCGCUGCACUUCGCCGCCGGUUUCGGCCGCAAGGACGUGGUGGAGCACCUGCUGCAGACGGGCGCCAACGUGCACGCGCGCGACGACGGCGGCCUCAUCCCGCUGCACAACGCGUGCUCCUUCGGGCACGCCGAGGUCGUGAGCCUGCUGCUGUGCCAGGGCGCCGACCCCAACGCCCGCGACAACUGGAACUACACGCCGCUGCACGAGGCCGCCAUYAAGGGCAAGAUAGACGUGUGCAUCGUGCUGCUGCAGCACGGAGCCGACCCCGGCAUCCGCAACACGGACGGCAAGUCCGCGCUGGACCUGGCCGACCCCUCGGCGAAGGCCGUGCUCACAGGUGAAUACAAGAAGGACGAACUCCUGGAAGCGGCGAGGAGCGGUAAUGAAGAAAAACUGAUGGCUCUGUUGACUCCCCUAAAUGUGAACUGCCACGCGAGCGACGGGCGCAAGUCCACCCCGCUGCACCUGGCGGCCGGCUACAACCGCGUGCGCAUCGUGCAGCUCCUGCUGCAGCACGGCGCCGACGUCCACGCCAAGGACAAGGGGGGUCUCGUGCCUCUCCACAACGCGUGUUCCUAUGGGCACUACGAGGUGACCGAGCUGCUGCUUAAGCACGGCGCCUGCGUCAACGCCAUGGACCUGUGGCAGUUCACGCCGCUGCACGAGGCGGCCUCCAAGAACCGCGUGGAGGUCUGCUCGCUGCUCCUGAGCCACGGCGCCGACCCCACCUUGCUCAACUGCCACGGCAAGAGCGCCGUGGACAUGGCCCCCACGCCGGAGCUGCGCGAGAGGCUCACCUACGAGUUCAAGGGACACUCGCUGCUGCAGGCCGCCCGAGAGGCCGACCUGGCCAAAGUGAAGAAGACCCUGGCCCUGGAGAUCAUUAAUUUCAAGCAGCCGCAGUCGCACGAGACCGCCCUGCACUGCGCCGUGGCCGCCGCGCAUCCCAAGCGCAAGCAAGUGACGGAGCUGCUCCUCAGGAAGGGGGCCAACGUCAACGAGAAGAACAAGGACUUCAUGACACCUUUGCACGUUGCAGCUGAGAAAGCUCAUAACGACGUCAUGGAGGUUCUGCAUAAGCACGGAGCAAAGAUGAACGCCCUGGACACGCUGGGCCAGACGGCGCUGCACCGCGCGGCGCUCGCCGGCCACCUGCAGACCUGCCGCCUGCUGCUCACCUACGGCUCCGACCCGGCCAUCAUCUCCCUGCAGGGCUUCACGGCGGCGCAGAUGGGCAGCGAGGCCGUGCAGCAGAUCCUCAGCGAGAGCACACCUGUGCGCACAUCCGAUGUGGAUUAUCGCUUGCUAGAAGCAUCCAAAGCCGGAGAUUUGGAAACUGUGAAGCAACUCUGCAGCCCGCAGAACGUCAACUGCCGGGACCUGGAGGGGCGCCACUCGACGCCGCUGCACUUCGCCGCCGGCUACAACCGCGUCGCCGUCGUCGAGUUCCUGCUGCACCACGGCGCCGACGUGCACGCCAAGGACAAGGGCGGCCUGGUGCCCCUGCACAACGCCUGCUCCUACGGGCACUACGAGGUGGCCGAGCUCCUGGUGCGACACGGCGCGUCCGUCAACGUCGCAGACCUCUGGAAAUUCACCCCCCUGCACGAGGCGGCGGCCAAAGGGAAAUACGAAAUCUGCAAGCUGCUUUUGAAGCACGGCGCCGACCCCACCAAGAAGAACCGCGACGGCAACACGCCGCUGGACCUGGUGAAGGAGGGCGACACGGACAUCCAGGACCUGCUGCGYGGCGACGCCGCCUUGCUGGACGCCGCCAAGAAGGGCUGCCUGGCGCGCGUGCAGAAGCUCUGCACGCAGGAGAACAUCAACUGCAGGGACACGCAGGGCAGGAACUCCACGCCGCUGCACCUCGCAGCCGGCUACAACAACCUGGAAGUGGCGGAGUACCUGCUGGAGCACGGCGCCGACGUCAACGCACAGGACAAGGGCGGCCUAAUCCCCCUUCACAACGCGGCCUCCUACGGGCACGUGGACAUCGCRGCGCUGCUGAUCAAGUACAACACGUGCGUGAACGCCACGGACAAGUGGGCCUUCACGCCGCUGCACGAGGCGGCGCAGAAGGGCAGGACGCAGCUGUGYGCCCUGCUGCUGGCGCACGGUGCCGACCCCACCAUGAAGAACCAGGAGGGACAGACGCCCCUCGACCUGGCCACGGCGGACGACAUCCGGGCCCUGCUGGUGGACGCCAUGCCCCCCGAGGCGCUGCCCUCGUGCUUCAAGCCGCAGGCCACGGUGCUGAGCGCCGCGCUCGUGGCGCCCGCCGUGGCGCCCUCCUCCUCGUCCUCCUCGUCCUCGUCGUCCUCGUCGUGCCUCGCGGCCGCCGGCAGCAUCGACAGCCUGGCGGGGCCGCUGGCCGAGCUGGCCGCUGCCGCUGCCUCCAGCGCCGGCGACGGCGCCGCCGGCGCCGACAGGAAGGAGGCCGAAGUUGCUGGUCUGGACAUGAACAUCACGCAGUUCCUGAAGAGCCUCGGGCUCGAGCACCUCCGGGACAUCUUUGAGACGGAGCAGAUAACCCUGGACGUGCUGGCGGACAUGGGGCACGAGGAGCUGAAAGAAAUUGGGAUUAACGCCUACGGACACCGCCACAAGCUGAUAAAAGGCGUGGAGAGGCUUCUGGGAGGACAGCAAGGCACCAACCCYUACCUGACGUUCCACUGCGUGAGCCAGGGCACCAUUCUGCUGGACCUGGCUCCCGACGACAAGGAGUAUCAAUCCGUGGAGGAAGAGAUGCAAAGUACGAUCCGGGAGCACCGGGACGGCGGGAAUGCUGGCGGCAUCUUCAACAGGUACAACGUCAUCAGGAUCCAGAAGGUGGUGAACAAGAAGCUGCGGGAGAGGUUCUGCCACCGCCAGAAGGAGGUGUCGGAGGAGAACCACAACCACCACAACGAGCGCAUGCUCUUCCACGGCUCCCCCUUCAUCAACGCCAUCAUCCACAAGGGCUUUGACGAGCGGCACGCCUACAUCGGCGGCAUGUUCGGAGCCGGCAUCUACUUUGCGGAGAACUCCUCCAAAAGCAACCAGUAUGUGUACGGCAUCGGCGGCGGCACCGGCUGCCCCACGCACAAGGACCGCUCCUGUUACCUCUGCCACAGGCAGAUGCUCUUCUGCAGAGUGACCCUGGGCAAGUCCUUCCUGCAGUUCAGCACCAUGAAGAUGGCGCACGCGCCGCCCGGCCACCACUCGGUCAUCGGGAGGCCGAGCGUCAACGGGCUGGCCUACGCCGAGUACGUCAUCUACCGCGGAGAGCAGGCAUACCCAGAAUAUCUCAUUACGUACCAGAUUGUGAAACCAGAGGCUCCCUCACAGACAGCGACAGCAGCCGAGCAGAAGACCUAGUGCCCGCGGGGCAGCGCGGCGGGAUGCGACUUCACUCUCGGACUGGACGGACGCGUGUUUCAGAAAAUCCGUAUCCUAUAAAAUUCCUACAAGGCCCGGAAGCAGCUGUGUGUGCUGCGUGAAGCACCGCUCCCUCGGUGCGAGCGCUGGCCGAGCAGCUCCCGCAGGGCCGGCGGCUGCUGCUCC